GUUGCGGCUUAAACCCUUAUCGCCACCGCCGCGUCCCCAUCUCUCAUCUCCGCGGCCCGUCUCGUCUCCCACUAGGGUUUGGCACUUUGGCCGCCGCCAUGGCGUCGGCGUCGCGCGCGCUCCUCCUCUCCCGUGCGCUCCAGGCCGGCGCCGCGUCCCGCCGCGUCCCCACCCUCCUGCGCCCGCUCGCUGCGGCCGCGAGCCUCCUCCCGGCGGCGGCGGCGGCGGCCGCCCCCGGCGCUGGGGUGCGCUGCUUCGCGACCCAGCCGGCGACGUCCUCGCUGCGGGACUCGUCCCCGAACUGGAGCAAUCGCCCGCCCAAGGAGACGAUCCUCCUCGACGGGUGCGACUUCGAGCACUGGCUCGUCGUCAUGGAGCCGCCGCCUGGUGACGCCUCCAACCCCGAUAUUACGCGCGACGAGAUCAUCGAUAGCUAUAUCAAGACCCUCGCCCAAAUCGUCGGGAGUGAGGAAGAAGCUAGGCAAAAGAUAUAUUCGGUGUCUACUCGUCAUUACUUUGCCUUUGGUGCCCUUGUAUCUGAGGAACUCUCUUACAAACUCAAAGAAAUGCCCAAGGUCCGCUGGGUUCUUCCUGAUUCAUACUUGGAUGUCAAAAAUAAGGACUAUGGAGGAGAACCCUUCAUAAAUGGGGAAGCUGUUCCUUAUGAUCCUAAAUACCAUGAGGAGUGGGUGAGAAACAAUGCCCGUGCCAAUGAAAGAUCCCGUAGAAAUGAUAGGCCCCGCAACUUCGACAGGUCAAGGAACUUUGAGAGGAGAAGGGAGAACAUGCAGAACUUCCAGAACAGAGAUGGGCCUCCUGCGCAGGGUUUCAGUGGCCCCCCACCUCCACCUGGCCAGAACCAGAUGCCACCUCAGCAUGUUCAGGGUAACAUGCCGCCACCACCACCACAUGCUGGUGGUGGUCAGCCAAACUAUCAGCCCCAAAUGCCAAACCCACAGGCGGGCUACAACCCUGGUGGUGCUCCUCACUACCAGCAAGGUGGUGCUCCUGGCUACCAAGGUGGACCUCCGGGGUAUCAAGGUGGUAACCAAGGUUACCAAGGGAACCCAGGCCCGGCCUACCAAGGUGGUAACCCUGGCUACCAAGGUGGCCCACCUGGUUACCCUGGUGGCAACCCACCACCUCCACCUCCCUACCAAGGAGGCAACCCCAAUGCACCGCCAUACCCUGGUGGUGGCAAUCCUGGCUACCCUGGUGGCAGCCCAGGCUACCAAGGUCAAGGAGGCAACUCGAACUUCCAAUGAACAUGACCACGCCUAAGUAUAAGUAGGCACCCCUGUUCCAGAGUAGCCUUCUGGGAGAGAUGGUGUGCAGUAGCAUAAAUCGAACCCUUGUUGCUAUCUGAUUUUCAUGCACUGUCGCUGUAUGCACCUAAUUAUUAUGUUCUAUAUAGUACUCAACUGUGCUUGGUGUCUGAGUGAUGCACCCGGAAUUCUGAAACUAUGGAUGAUGUACCAUCAGCUCUUCUGCUCUUGAAUUCCCUUGCUGAGCCAUAUGCUCAGCAGUUGUCGGCUUUGUC